AUGCCUUCUAUUGUUACGGUUCCUCAUUGUCCGACUGAACGGCCAUGCGCAAUGCCCAUUGCAAUUUGCGGAAUGGGCAUGCGGCUACCCGGGGGCAUUCGAGACUCUGAGGCUCUCUAUGACUUUUUGUUGAACAAACGAGAUGCUCGACGAACUGUUCCACCAACUCGGUUCAAUGUUGAUGGCUUUUACGAUCCCGAGGGCAAGCCAGGCAGCCUCUCCUCAAAGCAGGGCUAUUGGCUGGAAGAUGUUGAGCUGUCCAACUUCGACUCAUCAUUAUUCUCCAUGGGACGAAAAGAGAUCGAAAACCUUGACCCGCAUCAAAGAUUGUUGCUGGAAGUUGUGCGUGAGGCUUUCGAAAGUGCUGCUGAGACCGGCUGGAGAGGCAAAAAUAUCGGAUGUUAUGCCGCCAGCUUUGGUGAAGAAUGGAGCAAUCUCCAUGCCAAGGAUGCACAGAAUAGAGGAUUUAACGUGAUUACUGGCUAUAUGGACCUUAUGCAAGCGAACCGUAUCUCAUACGAGUUCGAUUUAAGAGGGCCGAGUAUGACACUUCGUGUUGGAUGCUCGGGGAGUGGAUUAGGCAUUCACCUUGCAUGUCAGUCGAUUCAGCUGGGCGAGUGCUCCUCUGCGAUUGUUGCCGGUGCCAAUAUCAUUCUGUCACCGGAAACUACCAUGCUGAUGGCAGAUGGCGGGGCAAUCUCCCCGGACGCCUCAUCCAAAACGUUUGAUGCCACUGCGAAUGGUUAUGUCCGCGCUGAUGGUGUCAACUGUCUCUAUAUCAAGCGUCUGGACGAGGCCAUCCGCGAUGGUAACCCAAUCCGAGCUGUAAUUCGAGGAACUAGCACCAAUGCAGGUGGAAAGUCAUCCGCCCUCACGGCGCCAAAUAUCAACGCGGAGGAAACUCUUAUCAAGGCAGCUUAUCGCAAUGCAGGCGUUGACCCCGCGCGAACAGCCAUGGUGGAGUGCCACGGAACAGGCACAGCGAUGGGCGACGCCAUUGAGGCAGCUGCAGUAGCCCGCGUCUUUGGGGACAAGGGAAUAUAUAUUGGAGCUGUAAAACCAAAUCUAGGGCAUUCGGAAGGGGCUUCGGCCAUCAGCAGCAUUCUGAAAGCAAUCGUCGAGUUGGAAAAUCGCACUAUUUUACCCAAUAUCAAAUUCAAUACCCCGAGCCCUAGGAUUCAAUGGGAUGAAGCCCGGCUAACAGUUCCAAUUGAGCCGAUGCACUGGCCAGAGGAUCGAGAGGAGCGCAUCAGCAUCAAUAGUUAUGGGAUCGGCGGAACCAAUGUCCACAUUAUCCUGGAUUCCCCUGCCUCCUUCGGCCUAUCCAAUACCGAGUCGCCGGCCGAACAGGCACCAGAUUUUAAACUUCUGCUGUUGUCAGCAGGCCAUUCGGAUUCAUUGACAAAGAUGCAAAAUAACUACCAGGACUACGUCACUAAACAUCCAGAUAGACUGACUGAUCUAGAAUAUACCUUGGCGGAGCGCCGGGAGCAUCUUCCUGUCCGUGGCUUUUUCAUUAGCAAUGGGAAUCACGAUGAGGCUUUCGUCUCACCUUCUUUUACAAGCCACCUUCAGAAAAAGGUUGCAUUUGUUUUCACCGGCCAAGGUGCACAGUGGGCUGGGAUGGGAAGGGAACUGCUUAAAACAUAUCCUGAAUUUGUUCAUGAUAUCAGGCAGAUGGACAAGCUUUUGCAAAAGCAAAAGGACCCACCUGAAUGGCGGAUAGAGGAGCAACUAUUGACGCCGCCGGAAACGAGUCUGCUCUCUAAAGCAGAAGUUGCGCAGCCUGUUUGUACUGCCCUUCAAAUUGCACUUUGCAACCAUCUAGCACGGUGGGAAAUCUUUCCUUCCGCAGUCGUCGGUCAUUCCAGUGGAGAAAUUGCCGCCGCGUAUGCCGCAGGCUCUGUGAGCAUGCACGAUGCAGUCCUUCUCGCAUACUAUCGAGGUGCCGCAUCUAAGGAGCAGACUCGUGAAGGAGCCAUGGCGGCUGUGGGGCUCGGAUAUGAUGACGUUGUUCACUGGCUUCGACCAGGUGUUGUAAUUGCCUGCGAAAAUAGCCCCUCGAGUGUUACCUUGUCAGGGGAUGCAGAUGUCAUUGAAUCAGUCCUUUCCGCUAUUCGAAAUGACCGUCCAGAUGCCUUUCAGCGGUUCUUGAAGGUGAAUAAGGCAUAUCACUCACAUCACAUGCAGGACGUGGGACACCUAUACGACAGUCUCAUGGCCAAUCAACCAGCGAUCAAGCGCCCAAACGUUCCAUUUCACUCUACAGUGUUAUCUAGACAACUGCAUGAACCAGAGGAUUUUGGAUCCAGCUAUUGGCGUCUGAACAUGGAAAGCCCCGUUUGGUUCUAUCAAGGGUUUAACUCUCUUCUUCAGUCAGAGGUUGGAGCAAAUGGCCUAUAUUUGGAGAUUGGACCGCAUUCGGCACUGGCUGGCCCGAUCAAACAAAUCUACCGAGCUCAAAAUGUGUCUAAUCCGUAUCUUUCUGUACUUUCACGCGGCUCAAAUGCAGUUGUGACAUUUUUGUCUUGCGUUGGUGAGCUCUGGUCUCGAGGCGUGAACAUAAAAUAUCCCCUCCCAGCAACCAUUCCCAAAGCCUUGCAUGAUCUGCCGUUGUAUCCAUGGCACUAUGCAGAGCGUUGGUGGUCAGAGUCCCGAUCCAUGAAGUCUUCCCGGUUCCAAAGAUUCCCGCACCAUGAGUUACUUGGUGCUCGGACAAUUGAAAGCAGUGAUCUCGAACCCGUUUGGAGAAACAUCCUGCGACUUGGAGAUGUAUCUUGGCUACGUGAUCACUGUGUGGGUUCUGAUAUUGUUUUUCCAGCUGCGGCCUAUAUUGCAAUGGCUGGCCAUGCCGUUUGGCAGAUAACGAAUCUGAAGGACUUUACAGUGCGAGAUAUUUCCUUUAAGACGGCGAUGGUGCUUGACGACAAGGUACCGACUGAGAUCAUUACCAGGCUUCAACCUCAUCAUCUUACCGACAGUUUGAAUUCCAGAUUCUUUGAAUUUUCUAUUUUGUCCCACACUGGUUCCGUGUGGACACAGCAUUGCAUGGGACUGGUCGCAGGCGGCGAGAUCUCCCCUGGAGGAAUACCUACAGUGACCUCUUUUUCGAGAAUAGUGGACCCAAAACGGUGGUAUCGAGCGAUGAGCAGGGCUGGCCUUAAGUACGGCCCUCAUUUUGCUGGUUUGCAGCAAAUCACUGCAAGCGUUAGUGAAAGUACCGCAUCUGCCAUCAUCCAGGAUAGCAGAGCACCCGGAUCGUCAUAUACUUUGCACCCAACAACAACCGACUUGAUUCUACAGUCCGCUUUCGUAGCCAUAUAUCAAGGCCAGCCACGCCUCUUGGAAAAGUCCCGCUUACCUACAUUCAUCGAGGAGAUGUAUAUACGAGGGGGCGUGGGCGAGCAUGAUAUCCAUUUGAAUACCACUGCCCGGAAGCAGACAAUUCAAUCCCACGGUGUCGUCAAGGAUACUCUUAUCUUUUUUGUGAAAGGUCUGGAGCUUUCGGCGCCAGAAACAGACGGAAACGAACAGGAGCAGCAAUCUGAAUCGGCCCAGCUGGUCUGGAAGCCUGACAUCCACUUUGUGGAUUCUACAAGUCUUGUCCAACCAGCCCAGCAGGCCGAGCUACUCUCAGCAAAUCCUCUGAUUGAGCGAAUAUUUUUGCUUUGUGCCAUAGACCUGAUGGACGAUAUCGAUGGAAUUCCUACAACUCAACCACAUCUCGAAUUGUAUCGGACAUGGAUGUCUGAACAGCCUUCGAAAGCGCAGAAGGAAGGCUCCCCUCUAGUGCCCGACGCAAAAGAUCUAUUCAAUCUUAGUGCUAGCGAUAGGAAAGAAUUGAUCCACAGUCUGGUCGCAAGUCAUACUGAUGGAACAAUGAUUCCAGGAUCUCGCAUCUUGUUCCUUUGCUAUAGGCACAUGUUGGACAUUUUCAGGGGCAGGACUAACCCGCUUGAGUUGAUGCGACGAGAUGGCCUGUUAGCCCGUUACUACGACUGUUUACAGGACAAGCAUGAUUACAAAGGCUUUUUGCAACUCUUGGGUCAUCUACGGCCUCGAAUGACUGUGCUAGAAAUUGGCGCCGGUACCGGAGGACUGACUGCAAAGAUACUCGAGUUAUUGCGAUCCGAGGCUGGAGAAGAUACUUACCAGGAAUAUAUGUAUACGGAUAUCUCGUCGGGCUUUUUUGUCGAUGCGCAGGAAAGGUUCCACGAUCGACCUCGAAUUCGCUACGACGUGCUGGACAUUUCUAGGGAUCCUAUUGAGCAGGGCUUCCCGGAGGCCCAUUAUGAUUUGAUUAUUGCCUCUAAUAUCCUACACGCAACUCCUAAGUUGACCGAGACUCUGAAGCAUACUAGGAAGUUGCUCAAGCAAGACGGUCGUCUCUUGUUACAAGAAUUAUGCCCUGUUUCAAAAUGGACAAAUUUCAUCUUCGGAUUGUUCCCCGGCUGGUGGCUCGGUAAAGAUGAUGGACGCCCCAGCGAGCCCUACAUCAGCCCUACGGAAUGGAAUUGUAGACUGCGUGCCGCUGGAUUCACCGGUAUUGAUUCCUCAGCUCUUGAUGCCGAACGCCCAUACCAGCUCAACACUAUGCUGGUUGCAACACCUGCGCCGCUAUCCUAUGUGAAGAGGGUAACUGUGCUUUACACUGGCACGUCUCAUCCGGUAGUCCAUGAUUUACGCCAACGGCUUAUCUCAGAUGGAUACAAAGUUGACCUGGUGAGCUGGGGAGACGACCUACCAGCCGACCAGGACAUUGUCUUUCUGCUCGACCUUGAGGCACCAUUUUUCGACAGUAUCACAGAAGAGAACCUCGAUACUUUCCUGCAGAUAUUCAACCAUCAUUCCUCAUCUAGACUCUUGUGGAUAACCCAUGCCGCACAGAUCCUCCCACAAGAUCCGCGGUUCUCUCAGGUGCUGGGUAUGGCACGAACGCUAAGGUCUGAACUUGGUGUCUCCUUUUCUACCCUUGAAUUAGAAAGUUUCGGACCGGGCUCUAUGGAGGCAAUCUCCCUUCUUUUGCAACACAUACAACAGAGGACAGCUGAGAACACCGAAGAGUCCGAAUUUGACCCAGACCAAGAAUAUGCUUGGGUCAAUGGUACCAUUCAUGUUGGCCGCAUGCACUGGCUCUCAGUUUCUGAGGCCCUGGCUCAGAGCAGCGGGGGAGGUGAGAAAGCUAUCCUAGAGAUAGGUCGACCGGGAUUACUCAAUACGUUGCGUUGGGUAUCCCAACCAUUGAAACUGGUAGGCGCCAAUGAAGUGAGAAUCAAGACGAUGUCAAUCAGCAUGAAUUUCAAAGAACUUCUUCUUGCCAUGGGAGUUGUCCCCAUUGAUUGUGGCCAGGAGUUGGUAGGUACAGAUAGUACAGGUAUUGUCACAGCGGUUGGGUCCAAUGUCAAGAACGUAUCUGUCGGUGAUCGAGUGAUGGCCCUCACUGUUGAGAGCACCAGCUAUACAACGGUACUGCAGCUACCUAGCCACCUCUGCAUUCGGAUUCCAGAUGACUGCAGCUUUGAGGAGGCUAGUACACUGCCGACUGUCUACCUGACUGUGCUCAGAACGUUACGGGAAAAAGCGAACCUUCGACGGGACCAAAGCAUUCUUAUUCAUAGUGCUGCAGGAGGAGUUGGUAUCGCAGCCAUCCACUAUGCAAAGUGGAUUGGUGCGAAGGUCUACGCGACAGUAAGCUCACCGAACAAGAUUAAAUUCCUGGUGAACGAGAUGGGUGUGGAGAGAGAAGACAUAUUCUACUCACGUGAUACCACCUUCCUUGAUGGAGUUAUGAGAGCAACCUGUGGCCGGGGAGUUGACGUAGUGCUUAACUCACUAUCAGGCGAGCAGUUACAUGCGUCCUGGAAAUGUGUUGCAGAGGGAGGAAGUAUGAUUGAAAUUGGUAAACGCGAUCUUCUUGGUCGUGGAAAACUGGCCAUGAGCCCGUUCUUGGCCAACCGAUCGUAUAUCGGAGCUGACAUUGCAACUCUAUCCGUGCUUGAGCCCGAAUGGGUUCAAGAACAACUAGCCACCAUUGUUAAUCUUUACAAGCAGGGAGCUAUACAUCCCAUCCGCCCGGUCAAGACAUUUCCCGUCAGUGAGGUUGAAGAUGCCUUCCGGUACCUACAAACGGGGCAACACAUCGGCAAGCUUAUUCUGCAGUUUUCCGACUCGCCUGACCUUCCCAUGGCCACUAGGGUUCCAGUGUUGGACCUUCGAGGAGACAGGGCCUACCUUUUGGUAGGUGGAAUGCGGGGCAUCGGUGCAUCCCUCGCAAGAUGGAUGGUCUACCACGGGGCCAAGAAUCUAGUUUUCCUCUCUCGCUCAGCAGGAGAAAGGGAUGAGGACAAAACACUUAUACACGAAUUGUGUGAUAUGGGAUGUCAGGUCUUCCCAUUUGCAGGUGAUGUUACUGAUCUGGCAACCGUUAAACGGGUUAUAGAAAGUGUUACAACUCCUAUUGCAGGAGUCAUUCAGUUAGCCAUGGUUCUUGCAGACACUGGAGUCAUGGAUAUGAAUUUGGAAACUUGGAAUACAGCUCUGAAGCCUAAGGUUGACGGAACAUGGAAUCUACACAAGGCACUACCAACAAAUAUGGAUUUCUUCGUCAUGGCCUCUUCCCUAUCCGGAACAUUUGGAAACUACGGCCAGUCGAACUACGCGGCCGCCAACACUUUCCUUGAUGCCUUUGCCCAGUUCCGUCAAUCCCAAGGACUCGCUGCAUCGGUGGUCGACUUGGGCGUAGUGGACGAGAUAGGAUUCGUCAGUCGAAAUGCAUCUCUUCACCGAUCGAUAGUGCAGCAGAUGGGUGCCCCCAUAUCAGAAAAUAGCCUUUUAAGCUGUUUCCAUUUGGCCAUUAUUCGAUCUCAUCCGCGACAUGAAUAUUCAUCAGUAUUCAAUCCGCUAGAUGGGUUCCGAUCCCCCUACCAGCUGCUCCACGGUCUACAGUCCAAAGUCGGCAUUGCAAAGAAUCAGUUCAUGUGGCAACGAGAUCCACGUACCGCUUUUAAUCGCACUCAUAUGCAGAAAGAUGCAUCCACCCAUGAUGGUAGUGAACGCGAAGACGGUGGUCUCAGGUCGUUCCUUGCGGCUAUCCAUGAUAACCCGGGCAUAUUGCAAGAGCAGUCUAGUGUUGAAAGAGCAGCUACAGAGAUCGCUCGCCAGGCUUCCGCGUAUACGACGCGACGCGCCGAUGAAGCAACAAAUUUGGGGUUGUCGUUACACGAUUUUGGUGUGGACUCUCUCGUGUCAAUCGAACUUCGCAAUUGGUGGAAACAGUCAUUUGGCGUCGAUGUGACGGUGUUGCAGCUAAUGAAUGGUGGCAGCUUCAUGGAUCUUGGCCAGAAGGCUGUGGACCAGCUGAAGCAAAGACAUUUGAAAGUAUAA